CAGCAGUCCUCAUUCCAACGAGAGUAACGGUGCCGUCUGUCUAAUGUUUUCUCGCAAGAUGUGGAUGCCCGGGCUGUGUUUGUUGCUUUCCGUCUCGGCUACGGUCGCGGCUCUGACGGACUAUGAUGACGAAGAUUAUCCGCAGCCCGAACAGAUCCAUCUUAGUCUCGGAGCCGACGAAACUCAGAUGAUCGUCACAUGGGUCACUCAGGCGCCGACAAACCAUUCUGUCGUGGAGUACGGACUCUCGGGCGGCAGUGGACUUAAAUUCACCCGCAGAGCGUCCGGCUACAGCACUCUUUACCAGGACUUUGGUAGCGAGCGGCGCAAACUUUACAUUCACAGGGCCGUCUUGAAGAAACUCAUACCCGGAGCCAUGUACUAUUAUCACUGCGGCGAUCCUCUUGACGGAUGGAGUGCGGUUUACUGGUUCAGAGCGCUUCCGAACGACGCGAACUUCAAGCCUUCCUUCCUGAUAUACGGGGACAUGGGGAACAAGAACGGGCGGGCCAUCGCCCUGCUCCAAUCUGAGGUACAAAACGGAAAAGCGGACAUUGUUCUCCAUGUGGGCGAUCUCGCCUAUGAUAUGGCUGACGACAAUGGGAGGAGAGGAGACGAGUUCAUGCGGCAAAUAGAGCCGAUCGCUGCUUAUGUCCCGUACCAGGUCUGCCCGGGCAAUCACGAAUACCACUACAACUUCUCUAAUUACGACGCGAGGUUCUCGAUGUACAACAGACAGAGAAAGGCCAUAAAUAACCAUUAUCAUUCCUUCAACGUCGGUCCCGUGCAUAUCGUCUCGAUAUCGGCGGAAUUCUACUUUUUCCUGCAUUUUGGAUUUGAACAAAUCAAAUAUCAGUUCGACUGGCUGGUUCAAGAUCUCACGGAGGCGAACGAGCAGGAGAACCGCGAGAAACGUCCGUGGAUCUUCCUAAUGGCUCAUCGACCGAUGUACUGCACGAACCUUGGCAAUGGGGACUGCGAUAGAAUCAAUAGCAUCAUACGGACCGGGAUGCCCUUCACGAAUAAUUUCGCUUUGGAACCUCUCCUCAAAAAGUUCGGUGUCGACAUCAUGUGGACGGGACACCAACACUCGUACGAAAGACUCUGGCCGGUAUUCAAUGCCACCGUCCAGAACAACAAAUCGGAACCAUACAGCAACCCUGAUGCUCCAAUCCACAUAGUGACAGGAUCACCGGGCUGCGAAGAGAAUCUGAGUCCUUUCGGAGAUGAUCCACUGAACGUCAGUGCGUUCCGAUCAUCGGAUGUGUACACCUUUUCACGCCUGAGCGUCGUCCGGAAGACGCAACUAUUGUUCCAACAAGUCGCGGUGCCAGAGGGACGCGUCCUAGAUGAAAUCGUCAUAGUCAAAGAUACCGCGUAUCCGACGUGGCAGGACCCAGACAUGGCUCUGGAUGCAAGCGUCGUUCAGUGACAGAGAGAUCAAGCGUUUUUCUGUCGAAAGUUUCCGAUCCAGGUAACCUGCCGGUCUCACAAAGUUUCUCUUGUCAUUCCCUCUAGAAUAAAGAAUCGUGUUUCGAUAUU